GGCACCAACUGCGGGGCAAGAUGGAGGCUCUGAUCCUGGAACCUUCUCUGUACACAGUCAAAGCCAUCCUUAUCUUGGACAAUGAUGGAGAGCGGCUCUUUGCCAAGUACUAUGAUGAGACCUACCCCAGCGUCAAGGAGCAGAAGGCUUUUGAGAAGAACAUUUUCAACAAGACCCACCGGACUGACAGUGAGAUUGCCCUCUUGGAAGGACUGACUGUGGUGUACAAGGGCAGCAUCGACCUCUACUUCUAUGUGAUUGGCAGCUCCUAUGAAAACGAGCUGAUGCUCAUGGCUGUCCUGAACUGCCUCUUUGACUCUUUAAGCCAGAUGCUGAGGAAGAAUGUUGAGAAGCGAGCACUGCUAGAGAAUAUGGAGGGCCUUUUCCUUGCUGUAGAUGAGAUUGUGGAUGGAGGGGUGAUUCUGGAGAGUGACCCUCAGCAAGUGGUACAUAGAGUAGCAUUACGGGGUGAAGAUGUCCCCCUUACGGAGCAGACUGUGUCUCAGGUAUUGCAGUCAGCAAAGGAACAGAUCAAGUGGUCGCUGCUUCGGUGAAGACUCCAUUGCCCCCUGCUCCCUUCCCCAAGCCAUUUGUUUACUGUGAUGCCCCUCAACCCUCUUGCACUGGACUGAUUAUCUCAGGGCCCCUUCAGGAUGAAUGAUAGGGGCCCUUCUCUCCAUUCUUCUCCCCACUUUUCUCUGCCUUCCCUCUCCUGUCUUUGUCUUCUUCCCAAAAUUAUCCUGAAGACAAAAAAAAAGGAUUGAACUAAGAGCGGGGUUAUGGCCUUCCCGGCUUUCUCAUCUCCACUAUCUCGUUCAAGCAGUGAGGUUCCUGGAAGUGGCUUAGGCCCUAGCAGAGCUGAGAACAGAACAGGGGGACCCCCAGCAUGUACCCCUAGAUCAAAGGUUUAGGGAGUUGUGUCCUGGCCCUGAGCCCAAACAGGGAGGACAAAAAUCCUACCCAGAGGCCCCCAGAUUUUUAUCAGGUUCUCAUUGUUUCCUCUUAGUCCUGCUUACUAUCCCAGCCUUCCAAAGAAAGAAAAACAGCUUAGGGAGACAGAGGCAAGACAGCUGCUGCCUGACAACUCUUAAUUGUGAUAGGAGCAGGGUUUGGGGAAACAGGGUGCAGGAGAGGCAGAUACCACCUUUCCUCAGUUACUCUCUCUAGCUCUCCCCAUCCCCAAUUCCAGGCCUGAUUUAUAGACCUAAACUAUUCUGGAUCCUGGGAGAGAGUGCAUCUUGGGGGUGUCUGUUGUCUAUUCAAUCCCCCUAAAUCUUCAUUCUUUCCCAGAAUAGGGUCUUGGACACCAUGUUCCCCUCAUUCUAGGACAGAGCCAGUCUCCAGGUCCUGGAAGACUGGUUUUCUGCCUAGAAUGGGGGGGGGGGAAGGGGACUGGGUUUAUGGGCUCCCCUCGCCCCCCCCCCAGCCCUGCACGUGUGAGAAGUGGGCAGCAGGAUCUGGGCUCCUAGACUGGCACCUGGGAGCCUCGGGUUUGGGGUACGGUGAGGAUCUCUCCUAGGACACCAGAGGGGGCAGGCUUGGAGCUCUCCCCUGCCCUUAAAUCAGAGCGCCCUUCCUGCCCUACAUCUACUGCCCCUUAGGCUGGCCUCUGCCCUAACGCUGCCCACAGGCACAUGACUGGAAAGAAGACCUGGAGGAAGGGAUGGGGGGACUGCCCAGGGACCCCACUGCACCAAGGCUGGGAAUAAAGCGUCUUGUUUUCUCAA